AUGCCACCCACUUUUCGAUCGUCGCGCUCCGGCCGCCAAUUCGGCGAGAACGCCAACCGUUCGAAGAUCGAUCACGACGUCUUCGAAGGCCUUCCCGUCCGACGAUGGACGCGCCAAUCCCAGACUAUCUCCCAGGUGCCGAAGCUGGACGACGCCGACCCCCUUGUGCAAGGCCCCAGCGGGAAAACCUCACUGCCCGAACACCCCAUGCCCAGGGACAGUCACCUUUUGACUCCGAUGAGUCGGGCUCUGCUCCGCGCCGCUCGCGCCGGCUGCGUCUACAUCCGACCGGCCAACAAAGAUUCCGAGGACGAGGAGAAGGAAGUCACCGACGUGGAGGAGCAGCCGCUGAUCCAGAGUGCCGAACGCAGCUUUGUCGCUCGCAAGUGGGCUGCGGUCCCGAGGCAUCUGGAGGCGGCGGAGGUUGAGUUCCUCGCUAAGCGACGCACCGGUUUGCCUUCGCUAUAUGGCGCGACGGCUGCGGGCACCGAUUCGGCCAGCAACCCUGCCCCGAUGCGACGGACUCGCUUCAGGAAGGUCGAUCCCGCGAGUGGGAAUAUCUCGAUCUACGAAGCCUGGGUCCCCGAAGGACAUCGAAUCGAAGGCGAAGUCACCGACGAUACCCAGUUGGCGGUCGAAAAUACCGAAGUCACUAUUACCCCUGAAGCGCCCGCCCCGGGUACGGUUAUCGAAGGCGUCGGAGUGGUCAAUGCUGAAGGCGUGGUGGUUGCCGAGGCGGGCUCGGUGUCGGUCAUGACUCCGCCGAAGAGACGCCCGCCACCUCCCAAGCGCAAGGCCAAGGGUUUUGGAAAGGGCAGGAGGAAGAAGGUCAUGUUUGCUCCUGGGGAUGGGGCCGAUGCCGCUACGGUGCACGGGGCCGAAUCCGGUGCUGCGGGUGUUACUGCGCAGCCUGGUCGUGUCAAGGAAGAGGAUACAGACGCGUCUCGGAUGUCGGGCGAGCAGGCCGGGCAGGACGAUGAGGAUGAAGAUGGUGAUGAGGGUGAUGAUAGCGAGGAUGGGGAGGGCGAUGAGUCCAUGCUCGAUGCGAAGACUCCAGAAACCCCACUGCCGCAGACCAGCGCCGAACCUGAGCCGACGCCUGCUCCUGCCUCCGAGCCUCCGGUCGCUGAACAGGUUCCCGCGCCUGCAGCAGCGCCUGCGGAAUCGGAUGCUGCUCCGCUGGUUGCUCCGCAGACGGUGACUGAAGCCUCAACUGCUCCUUCAGCGCCGUCCUCUGAGUUGCCUUCACAGGCCCAAGCCGAGCCUUCAUUACCCCAGGGGCCCGAAGUUCACUCACAGUCACAUCCUGAACCGGCAACAUCUACUGCGCCCGAACAGUCUACACACGAAACGGAACCCGCUGAGGAUGUCGAGAUGACCGACGAUCAACCUCAGCCUGCUUCAACAGAUAUGGGAACUACAUCGGAACAACCUGCUACGGUACCGCCUCAGAAAACAGCCCAGGAACCCUUCCAGACUUCAGAGCCCCUGCAACUGCCGGAGGAACAAAAAGUGGAGCAGCCUGCUGUCACUGAAGCAAAGGAGCCGGAAGAUGUGGUCAUGGCCGAUCAGAGCGACCCGGUGACACAAGAGCCUGAUCGGACGGAGCAGCAGCCUAUGGAGACCUCGAUAGGCCCCACACAAGAAUCACAGCCCGAGCAUGUUCAGGUAGAAUCUGUGCCAGAACCGACAGAUGCCCAGCCGAGCGAAAAACAAGCAGACAGUGACAUUGACCUUUUGGGCAGCUUAGAGGCCAGCCUUGGCAACUCCACUGAUCAAGGUCGGACGGAUGAACCGACCGAGCCGCAGCCUGAGAAGCAGAUCGAGGAACCCCCUGUCAAAGAGGAGCCUGCUCAAACAGAAACCGCUGGAGCACCCAAACCAGAGGAACCUUUGGUUGAAAACAAAGACCAAACGACAGCGGUGGCACCUGAGGCACCGGCGGUAGAGCCAAUCUCUCAGGAGCAGCCCGACAAACCAAUCGAAGAAACUGUUCAGCAACCCACCGAGAUCCCGGUUACAGAAACACCCUCGGAGCAAGUCACUGAGCCGAAUACUCAAGAUCCCACGCCCCAGCCUUCUGAGCAAAGCGCACAGCCUGAGGAGGCACAGCCCGCCGAGCCCGUCACAGAAAAGGUCGAAGAGCAGCCUGAACCCCCGACUGAACAGCCAACUCCUGAACCAGCACCAGAGCCAGCCGCAGAGCCAGCCGCAGCUGAGGCAUCUUCAUCUGUAGAGGCUCCUCCCGCAGAGGGACCGACAGAGCAGUCGGUAGAACCUUCUAAAGAAGAACCAACAACCGAACUGCAACCUGAGCAGCCCUCAGAACAACCACCGCAGCCAACAGAAGAACAGUCUGGUGAACAUCGGGAGGAACCAGCCCCCCAGUCCGAUGUACCAACAAACGCUCCACAAGAAUCUGCCGCUACCGAAGCUCCCAAGGCCUCUUCUCCACCUACCUCGACAGUCAUCGAAGAGACCAAGCCUGAUUCCACCGAGGCCAAUGAACCCGCACCCGCUGCUGCUGAAGCCGCACCCGAGGACCCAACUCCAGAAGCUGCCUCAGAACAGGAGACGCAAAAAGAGCCGGAGCAGGAACCGACGCAGGAACCGAAGCCUGAGCCCAAGCCCGAGGAUCUAAAAUCAGAGACAAAGCAAGAAGAACCUAGCGAGAGCGAGACGACGACAGCACCUGCCACCGCUGCCACGGUUCCAGAUCCCCCAGCUCCAUCUGCGAAUGACGAGGCUCCUUAG